AAAUUGUCGGCAUUUAUUCGAUGUGCACGCAUACGCGUGCUUAUUUGCUGGUGGUGUAGUGUAUGUUGAGUGUUGUGUGUCCACGUACUUUUUGGCAACAGAACAGUUAAACAUAGUCAGAGAGAAUUUCUGCAUUCUCUGCACUGAUGGCCAUAUUAAAUGCAGAGGCAACCCUGUCCAUGCUUUCUCCCCCAAAGCCGAACACACUUCCUCGCGCUCGCGCUCUCGAGUCCCGACUCACCUGCUUCUAGCCAUGGAGGCGCCUCCAUCUUCUCCCUUCCUAGUGUUGCUCCUGCUGUUCUUCCCUUCGAGCGGCCUUGCCGCCCCCAUGGAUUUUAACCAUGAAGUGCAAGUCCUUAUGGUGAUCAAGAGCCUCCUCAAGGACCCCUAUGGCGCGCUGAGAAACUGGGACAGGAACUCCGUCGAUCCCUGUACCUGGUCCUUCAUCUCCUGCUCGCCGGAGAAUCUCGUCACUGCACUGGAAGCUCCAAGCAAGAACCUUUCCGGCCGGCUCUCCCCGAGCAUAGGGAACCUGACAAAACUUGAGAAGCUUCAGCUGCAGAACAACAACAUAAUUGGGCCAAUCCCAGCAGAGAUCGGCAAGUUAGCAAAGCUCAGGACGCUGGUUCUGUCCAGUAACAAAUUACAUGGCACAGUCCCAAAUUCUUUAGGCCGACUCGGAAGACUCCAGUACAUAGACUUGUCGUACAAUAACUUGAGUGGCCCGAUACCAAAAACGUCUGCAAGAACGCUCAACAUAGCCGGGAAUCCUCUCAUCUGUGCUGCAGAACAGGAUUGUGACAGUACCAAGCUGAAACCGAUGCUGGAUUCCUAUAUCGCUGGUGAACAGUAGGAGCCCCAAGUUGGGAGUCGGUUACCUUGCUAAGGAGUAUGUACCUAACGAACCUCGGGUGCCGUUUGGUUUCACAAAAUGUAAUGUAAAUGAUAAUAAUUAACACUCGUGUGACAACAAUAAUAAGUUUGAGUAAGUUGGUAUCAGUUUUUAGUGUAAAAUCUGAUUAUGGUUAAACAUAAACAAAGAAGAUUUAACGUUAUCAGUUA